AUGUUAGUGGAACGUCCCUACAGCCUGUCACGGGGACUCAUGACGCUGUCCAGUUUCACCUUGUGGGCAUGGGCACUGGAAGGUAUCGCCUUUUGGUUGCUUGGAUACAUUGCUCUCACCGCGGACACUACGAGCGACAUGGACCACGUUGCUGCCAAACAAUGGAUGUACCGAAUUGCCGCCGUUCUAUGGGAAAUUGCUGCACCCACCAGUUUGCUAGUCUCUUCUAUUGUCAAGCAUGUGCUUUGGCCACAUGCACUUCAGGGCAAUGGUGCAACAAAGUCUUCAAUUUUUAAGCAUCCUAAUGCAUUGCUGGAGCAUAAUUUGAACAGCUUGGCAGCACUCAUUGAAGUUGGGUUUUUGGGAGGCUUGCCGGUGAGAAGGAGAGAUGCCUCCUUCGCCGUUCUCUUUGGUUUGACCUACGUCGCCUACACCUAUGGCAUGGUACAUUCCUGGCCUCAGGGAGUGACAGACAAGAAGAAGGACAACACAAACGGCAACGAUGAUGAUGACAUAAAGAGCAAACUAGACUCUACCCGGCAACCGAUACAGCAAAGCCCAGGACCACAAUUCAUCUAUCCCUUCUUUGAUACGACACUGCCCGGCUUUUUGACAACCUAUUUUUUAUUGGGAUUGCUGGCAGUGCUCUUGAUGAGCCAUCUCUUGUUUUCUUUGGCCAACGUUCUGGUCAAGCGGUCUCCUAUGCUUUCCGUGCCGCUCAUUGCAGCCGCAGUUUGCCGGUUCCGCGAUUGA